AGGAGGAUCAUAACCAGGGGAAACGAAACGGCCAGUUGCGAGAGUGCGCAUAGAGAGAGAGAGAAAAAUGCAGCAGCAUCUGCAACUGUGCUUCAGGUAUUGGUGAAAAAACGAGAAGCCUCGCAAGCAGACUACGUGGCUGGGGGCGCGCGACGGUAUUUUUAUUUUCCCGCUGUCGGCGCGAGCUGCUGUUGACGCGAUGCUGUAGCCAUGGAUAGCAGGAUAAACGAGAAUCCUGCGAGAACAUUUGAUUUGGUACUUCAGGUUGCAUGUCCAUCGUCUGAAAAUGAAGAUCCGACAGUGCUGUGGAAGUUCCCUGAGGACUUUGGAGACCAGGAGGUCCUGCAGACAGUGCCUAAGUUCUGCUUCCCAUUUGACGUGGAAAGAGUCUCCCAGUCUCAGGUGGGCCAGAACUUUACAUUCGUGCUCACAGACAUUGAGAGCAAGCAGAGGUUUGGUUUCUGUCGGCUGACCUCCGGCUGCAGGGUCUGCAUCUGCUUACUCAGCUAUCUCCCAUGGUUCGAGAUUUACUAUAAGCUGCUAAAUACUCUUGCAGACUACUUAUCCAAAAACCAGGAAGAUAACUUGAAUGACAUGUUGGAAACGCUGCACAACCACCCCGUGCCAAAGCCGAAUAUGCCAGUUAAUCUGAGUGUGAACAACCACUUACAUUUUGCCACUGGGCAAGUUGUGAAAGAUCCAGGAAGCAGGCAGUCGCAUUCAUACUUCAUAGCUCCUGAUAUGAAUGGUCUCCCCACCAUACCUGAAAGUAGAAAUUUAACGGAGUACUUUGUAGCAGUAGAUGUGAACAAUAUGUUGCACCUCUACGCCAGCAUGCUGCACGAGCGACGCAUCAUCAUUACCUCAAGCAAGCUUAGCACUUUAACUGCAUGCGUACAGGGGUCCACCGCCAUGCUCUAUCCCAUGCACUGGCAGCACAUCUUUAUCCCUGUUCUUACUCCUCAUCUACUGGACUACUGCUGUGCGCCCAUGCCAUAUCUGGUCGGAGUUCAUCUCAGCCUGUUAGAGAGAGUAAAGACCAGAUCUCUGGAGGAUGUGGUCAUUCUGAACGUGGACACAAACACACUGGAAAGCCCCACAGAUGACCUGCACAACCUGCCCAGUGAUGUGGUCUCUAGUUUGAAGAGUAAGCUAAAAAAGCAGUCGACUGCUACAGGAAGUGGGGUUGCUCGGGCCUUUCUGCAUGCUCAGGCUGCUCUGUUUGGUUCCUAUCGGGACGCCCUGAGAUAUAAACCAGGAGAGCCAAUCACCUUCUGUGAGAAGAGCUUUGUGGCACACCGCUCCAGCACCAUGAGAAGUUUCCUUGAGAUGGCCGUGAACCUGCAGCUCUUUAAGCAGUUCAUUGAAGGCAGACUGGCCAAAUUAAACGCAGGAAGGGGCUUUACAGACGUCUAUGAGGAGGAGAUCACAGAGGGGGGCUUCUGUAGAAAAGAAAGUCAUUUGGAAAAACAUGAGGGUAAUUCAAAGUCUUAUCAACAGUGGAUUCACACCAAGAUGAGACAGAGGGCAAAACCAGUUGUGAAAAACCUUCAGAUGGCCAAAGAUCACGCGAAACGGAAAAUACGUGACAUGAAGGACAAAAUCACACAAAAGGAUGCAGAGGAAGAGGAAAGCCCAUACUGUUCAGGCUCUCCCACCAGCACUAAAAGUCUCUCGCCCAGGAGGCUUCAGAAGAGAGCACAACAUAAUCCAAAAACGUCGGCACACAUGAGCCUUGGCUUUUCAGACAAUUGCAAUGAAAACAAUGACGACACAGCCAGCAGAAUAUCCUCUGAGGACAGCGGGGAGGUGCCAUCAUACACCGAGGACAGUGGUGACUCUGAACUGGAGUUUGAGUCUGAAGUGGGUCAGACGGGGCAGAUGAAUCUGCUGGAGGAGAUUCUGGACUCUCUCAGUACGUCCCACAUAGAGCAGGGCAGACUCUCCGCAGCCAAGAGCCUGGACUUCUUCAGAUCUAUCGAAGACCUUGACUACAAACCCACGAAAAAGUGCAAGUCCCCGUUGGGGAAUAGUCCUGCCCAGGCUGGUUGUGAAGUGGGAAACGGAGAACCGGCCGGAUGGAAUAUGGGUCAAGACGACAGCGCCGUCUACAGUAAGCAUCUCCCUCCUUCACCGCGACGUAAAUCCAGCUCCCAUUCCCUUACAAUCCAUCAUCCCCUUCAGAACAACCUACCGAAUGAGGAGCUCUCUGAGCAUCCACUGAGGAACUCCCUUCCUGAGAUACCCACAGUUCAGGUCUUGGAACCUUGUGACACGGAUGAGUCCACCAGCUCUCCCGCUCUCACCGAGUCCACAUUAGAAGACCAGCUGAGCCCUGACAGCCAGCAUUCAGCAGCCCGCAGCCUUUCCCGGAGGAUGGUCCUUUCCAAGAAGACCCCAAGGCACUGCCUGGAACAAACCCAGCAUAGGGCAGCAGGUCUGAGCAGUGGGCAGCCUUCAGUUUUUGUACCUUGGGAGAGGGAAAGCAAGCUCCAGAGGGGAGAUUUGGAGGAAAGACAAGAGCAAACUGAGGAAAUAGGCUUGCUGGAGGAGAUCGAGUCAAUGUGUCACAUAAGUAUGACCCUUAACAGCAGCCUGGACCUCACGCAGACUCACAACAAUGCCAGCCAGGACAAAUCUUGAGAAUAUGAGACAACACUCCCAUCUUGUAACCUCUUUUGCUUCUUAUUUACGCUCUAAUCCGACGUCACACCAGCACUCUCUUUGAAUGAAGUAUGAGGUACAUUUCAAAGGAUUUUUGUAGUUAAUGUGAAUGAUCAGUCCUUUUAUUUUUUACAUUUGAUCUGAAAGUAGACUUUCAAAACUGAUGUAUGGAAAGAACAAAGAAUGGUCCGGUGAUACUGUAAUGGUUAAACAGAAUUUAUUGCAACAUUUAUCAAUCAGUUUAAUUUAUUGUAGCUGUAUCCCAAUUUGAACAUUCAAUGCAGAUGAUUUUCACUUAACCAAGGAUAGAUUCAAAUCACUGUAAAUCUUUAAAGAUAAAACACUGUGGAUAAGGGGCAGUCUUCUGUCUAUAUAUAUUUUACUAAAUUGUAUGAAAAGUAUUUAAAUAUUGAGCGAAUUUCAGCCUAAAAUGCCUUAAACAUUUUAAAUUUGCUUCUAUACAGUAUUUCUAGACUGUAACUGUAGGUGGCUAGCUUGCUACUACUAUCACAAAUCUUUUGCAUGCAGUGCAUCUUAAAGAGAGAUAUUUAUGUAGGCCACAUUGUGCGUAAUGAAUCAAUUUGCUAUAUUUUUGGAAAGUAGUAUUUUUUUCAAGACAAUUCUCAGGUUUCUGCUUUUAUCCAAGAUAAAGAUGUUUAGGAUUAUACUUUCAGCUUAGCCUGGCCCAAGUUAAAUCCCAGUUACUUUUUUCUCUUGACUUUUAAUUUUUUUCAACUAUCAUAUUUAAGUCUGUUAGCCUUAAAAAUUACGGCCAUAGAAUAUGAAGGUUUUUUUUUUGCUUUUAUGCCUAUUAAGAACAUGAAAAUUCUUGGGCUAUAGCUGCCCAAGAGGAAUGCCUGUUACCCUCAGAUAAAUAAAUACAUUUUAAACCCUUUAUGAAACCUAGUACGAUGUUCAGUGGGCCAAAACAUACUCUAUGCAAGUAGGUGAAUGCAAACACUUCUAACUACGGAAGAUUGAAUUUACGCAUUAUUGUGUUCUGAAACGCGUAAGAACGCAAUUCGUAAUUACAAUUCAUUCUCAUCAUUGCCAAAAGCCACUAUAGUGGGCAUUAGCAUAAACUCUCUUCUUCUAUGACUUGUUUUCUCUUAUAGGCCAGCAAUGGCAAGCCAAAAGUUUGAAGAAAAUCUUGCUGAAUAAGUCAGUGAAAAAACUUGAGUACUGAGGUUAGUUACGCAACAGUACCGAAUUAAUGUGCGUUAAGUAUGUACAACGAGAUCAUGCGUUUGCAAUACUUUGGCAAACGUAUGUUUACGUACUUGUAAGAGUAUGUUUCUGGCCUUAAUUAGUAGAACACCCUCCACCCCUCUUUUGUGUCAAGCUUGCAAAGUUUUGCCAAUUGUUUUAGUUAGAAGAUGAAAAUUAUAGAUGGCUUGUCCUCUGUUUCAUGCAUUUUACUCAUGUUCUCUGUAGCCAUCACUUUCAAAGCUGUAUUGGUCUGCCAAGCAGGAAGUGUUAAUUAGAUCCAGCACUUGUUGCCUUAGUGGCUGAGAAGUGUUUAGGCCAGUGUAGUUAUUUAGGACACAUGCCAUUCAGUCAGACACUUUAAUGACUUACCUCACCCCUCCUGCGCAAUCUACUGUGGUAAUGAUGUGGUCGUAAAAGCAUUUUGUGUUUUAGGACCCGUGUCUCAAAUCUGCAUCUCGAUUCCAGUCAACCUCAUAACAUCCACAUGGCUUCUUUACUGACCCUUAAUUAUAACAAGUUUUUUGUAUUUGUUCUGAAACUAUAUUCUGUAGGUUUCAGUCUUUAGAUAUAUUAGAGAGGGUCUAAAGUUGCACCCUGAACUAUGCAGAUUGUAAUCAGUGUUAUCAGUCAACUAAUAUUUUGAGGCAAGUGUUUAUUUAGUGGUAAAUUCCAGUGAUCUUUUGAAUAGCAUUUAAACUAGUGUUAUUAGACCUUAUUCACUGCAGCACACUCUUUGAUUUUUGACGGGAAUUACAACUACUGUGAGGGAUAGACAUACAGUCUCUUCAAUGGGCUAUAAUGCCGUUCAAAAUGUUCUUGGAUCGCUCCACGGACAAAACAUUGAAGAAAUAUCUUUCCAAGAACAUUCAGUAUACAAAGAACUACAGGCAACAUGAGUUGUGGAAAAUCAGAUGUGAUCAAGAAGCUUUAUACAGCUUUAUACCGUGCGUGCCAUUGAAGAGAUGGUAAGUCUAUCCCUCACAGCGUUUUCAUUCCCGGUAAAAAUCAAAGAUGGCGCAAGCGUGAAUAAGGUCCAAUUCACAGUUCACACAUACAUUGCAAAGAACAUACAAAUGAUGGCAUGGAACCUCUACCAGUGACAUUGGUAUUAUCACUGAUGGACUUUUUUCUUUCAAGAAUAAGAUUUUAGGUUCAAAUGUAUAUGAACAUACAAGGUAAAUGGCCACUAUUUCUUCAUCACAAGUUUUCUACCAUUUUAAAUCACCUUUUAGUACUUCACUGAAAUACUUUUAAAAAAGUACAUAUAUUUCAAGUAGAGUCAAAUAAGGUGGGGUCAUAAAAAUCGCAAGUAUGAAAGUUAUUCAAGAGUGCUAAAAGUACGUAAUAAAUGUACGUAAUGUACUUAAUUUCCUCAGAACCCUCAGGACAUAAUGGUGUAAUAAAAUCAAGCCUGGUAAAAUCAAUAAUAUAAUGAUAAAUAUGUAUAAUUAGAUUAUAUAUAUAUAUAUAUAUAUAUAUAUAUAUAUAUAUAUAUA